CAGAAGAUAUACUAGCAAAGCUUCUUGACAGAAUGGAUCAAAUGAACUCAAAGUUCAACGACAUAGUGGCAAGAUUAGACUUAUCCCUUACUCAAAUUGAUAACAAUAAGAGAGAGAUAGAAGAAGUAAAGGAAAAACAAGAAGGGAUUGAGUUUGACAUUGGUUCAAUCAAAGAGAAAUUGCAUGCACAAGAAAAGGAGAAUGAGAAGUUGCGCGAACGUAUGACUGACCUAUCCGCCAGGGGAAUGAGAAACACACUUGUGUUCCAAGGAUUUCCAGAGGGUGCUGAGAACAAGAAUUGUGAAAAUUUGAUCCAGUCAUUUGCCAAGUCGCAUUUGCAGAUUGAAGCUGAAGUAAUCAUCGAAAGAGCACAUCGCAGCGGAAGCACCUCAUCACCUCGACCAAGGCCAAUUAUUGCAGCUUUUAAUCGGUACUCGACCAAAAACAUGAUCCUGGUAAAUGCACGUCGCUUCUUGAAGGAGAAACCCUUUGAGCACAAUGGAAAGCAUCCUAUUUACGUGGAUGAAAUGUUGCCCAAGGAAAUUCGUGAACAACGGAAGAAGCUGAUUCACAUCAAGAAGAAGCUGAAAGAGGAAAAUACAAGGAGAGUGGUGUACUUCAAGUAUCCUGCUCGCAUCUUCUACAAAGAAGGAAAAGACGGGAAGGAGAGAGAAUACAAGAUGAAAUAACUCAAAACGUCAAAGGAAAGAAAAUGUUAUCAUUCCACAUCAAAAUGCCGGAAACAUUAAAAUAAAAAACACAAAAACAUGAAUAAUGUUAUAGAGUUGGACUUACCUCAUCUACUUAAAAACAAGAAGAAAAGUAAAAAAGGAAUACUUAGAUUAGGAUAAUGACAAGAGCUUAAACUUUUAUUCUUAAAAAAAGUAUUUUUCAUGAACUGAUUCCAAGAGUGACCUUUUAUAGGUGAAUAUGUGGAAAAAGCACUCAAAGGAGAAAAGGAAAGACCACGAUGUAGAGCGCCACCUUGAUCUCCCUAAGGCAUACAGAAGAACUAGCCUUCGUUAUGAUUUGUUUUCUGUGUUUUUUGUUUGUUGAACCUGAUUGUUUAAUAUAUGUUGAACCUGAUCAUAUGAUGGUGGUACUUUUAAGUAAUUCAUAUCUCAACUAUGGACUUGAAGUUGAUGACACAUAAUGUUAACGGACUGGGGGACUUUAAAGCAAGGAAACGUUAUUAUAAUUAUAUACUUAAACAGAACAAAGAUAUUAUCCUUUUACAGGAAACUCAUUCUGUAGAAAAGGAAGAAUCAUUAUGGAGAAAUCAAGUUAGAUCUGAUAUCAUUUUCAGUCAUGGUACUUCUAAGAGCAGAGGAGUAUGCAUUAUAUUAAGAAAGACACCUGAUUUUAAAGUGUUAGACUCCAUUAAAGAUAUAAUGGGACGAUUUUUAUUGGUUAAAGUUGUAAUUCAGAAGAAAGUUUAUGUGAUAUGCAACAUAUAUGCACCAAAUAAUGAGACAGAUCAGGUUGAAUUUUUUAAGAAGGUAGAAUUGACCAUACAAGAUAAUGUUGAAUAUGGGGAAAUUCUUAUAAUUGGUGGGGACUUUAAUUUAAUUCAAAACCUUGAUCUGGACAGGGCAGGUGGCUCAAUGAAAAGCAUUUGGAAGCACUCUGUGAA